GCGCUAGAGAGGCAGAGGGAGACCCAGGAGCCGCUCCUGCAGCGCUGCCAUCUGAUUGGCUGGACGGCCCUUGCUGGGCUAUAAAAGCGAACUCUACGGGCUUGGGAGGGAGACGCUCAGAGGAUUCUGACAGCAUCUUUACCGGAGAAAAGGCAAAGUGCGCUCAAAACAGAAGCCACAGCUCCUCCUACAGCAUUUCUUUCCUACUUGCGAAUUCCGAACUGUUGACAAGAUGUGCAAAGGACUAGCGGGUCUGCCAGCUUCUUGCUUGAGGAGUGCAAAAGAUAUGAAACAUCGGCUAGGUUUCCUGCUGCAGAAGUCUGAUUCCUGCGAACACAAUUCUUCCCACAGCAAGAAGGACAAACUGGUUAUUUGCCAGAGGGUGAGCCAAGAGGAAGUCAAGAAAUGGGCUGAAUCACUGGAAAACCUGAUUAGCCAUGAAUGUGGGCUGGCAGCUUUCAAAGCUUUCUUGAAGUCUGAAUACAGUGAGGAGAACAUUGACUUCUGGAUCAGCUGUGAAGAGUACAAGAAAAUCAAAUCACCGUCCAAACUAAGUCCCAAGGCCAAAAAGAUUUAUAAUGAAUUCAUCUCAGUCCAGGCAACCAAAGAGGUAAAUCUGGAUUCUUGUACCAGGGAGGAGACAAGCAGGAACAUGCUAGAGCCUACGAUAACCUGCUUUGAUGAGGCCCAGAAGAAGAUUUUCAAUCUUAUGGAGAAGGAUUCAUACCGCCGCUUCCUCAAGUCCCGAUUUUAUCUUGAUUUGGCCAGCCCUUCCAGUUGUGGGUCAGAGAAGCAGAAAGGAGCCAAGAAUUCUGCAGACUGUGCUUCUCCAGUCCCCCAGUGUGCCUAAUUCUGACUCAGAGGCAAGAGCUGAAAUACUAAGACUCUAUGCUCUGGAAAACCUGAGGCCAAAUAUUGAUCUGUAUUAAGCUCCAGUGCUUUAUCCACAUUGUAGUCUAGUAUUCAUGCUGCCUGCCAUGUGUGAGACUUCCAUGUAAAAACUAGAUUUAGUUUUGGUGUCUGGGUGUUCAUCAGGGUGGGACCCCAAUCCAGUUCAAUUUUCCCACAUUUCUCUUAGGGUGCCAUGUGAGCAAGUAUCCACAUAAUGGCCUUGUAGAUCUGGGUUUUCAAAGAUUGCUGGCAGUUCUCUCCUCUCAAUGGUUUGAUCUUAGGUUGGUUGGUUGGUACACUUCAUGUGACAUCCACAUGCAUGUGUAUUCUGUUAGCCAGCAUUUUCUCUGGACUCUAGAGAUGUUUAGAUGAGGUUGAUUUAUGAUAUGUACGUGUAGAAUGUAUGUAUAUAUUAUAUAUAUACACACACAUAUGCAUACACAUAUAUGUAUAUGUGUGUCUAUGUAUACAUUGCGUGCACACACACACACACAUUUCUGCAAGAGUGGAUGGGAAAGACCCUAGGUGCUUAUAACUAGAGUGUGUGUAUGUACUCACAUGCAUGUUCUGAUCUCUGGUUUUUCACACUGUGAUUAAAUAGGCCAAACUGAACUAACUGCCAUGCAGGCUGAGAAAGGAAUGCUAACUUGUGGAAAGUUGGCUGUGUAAAUCCCGUGGGUCUUGCUAGAGAAACAACCAACAGACUUCAUGCUUAAUUUAACCACUGACAUCACUGAGUACUAUUCUAAGGAGUAAAUACCAUAAAGAAGCAUACACCUGGCUGACACAGAGCUGUACUGGGCUGGUUAUCACUCAACGGCACUUUCGAGUCCCUAAGCUGCUGGCCUCUCUGUCUUUGCCUGGGUGCUCAGGGCAAGCUUAUUUGCAGCUGGGUUGGUGUAGAGUUGGGAGAUGGGAGGCUUGAGCUGAGUGAAGAAAUGUAGUUAAGACCUUGCUAGCUACACCCAUCAGUCAUUGGCUGAGCACAGAAUUUAAGGUUAUUAUUCUUACCAUUUAUCCUUUUUUCCUCUCCUGAUCAAGGUGCUUUUGUCAUUUGUUUUUCCCUUGAGAACCUUGGCCAUCAGAUGAGGCUCCUCAGCUCAUCAUUGGUUGGUGGUUUUUUUCCCCGUACUGGCUGUAGGUUAUAUGCUACAUUUCUAAACCAGAAGCAGAGGGGAAAGAUUAUAUUUUAUAGGGGGGAAACAAUUUUCACAAAUUGAAAAGCUCUCAUAAGUUUUUUCUUUCAAGGAAGAACCUUGUUCACUUUAUCCCAAACAUUAGGGCAAACAGAGACAUGAAUGCACUUCUUUCGAGGCUGAGACUAAAUGAGAGGGAAAAGAAAGAAAGAGAAAGAAGGGAUUCCAAUUGUUAGAACGACUGUUUGCAACUUUUCAAGGUACAUGAAAUACUUGAAAAUUUUUCAUUUUUGUUAUUUAUGAUUUUUUUGUACAAUGUUUUUAUUAUUGUAUUGUUUUUAAAUGGAGGUGCAGGAUAUCACCCGAAUUAUUCAUGAAUGCCCAGGAAGUAAUUCUCAUUCUUUGAAAACUACUGCCUUUGAAAGUGCACACAUACGCACACUGCAUCCAUUGCUCCAGUAUAAAUUACAUGCAUGAGCACCUUUGUGGCUUUUAAGCCAAUGUGCUGGGCUGCAAAAUGAAGACACUGGAGUGUCCGUACAAGUCCUAUGGUAUGAAAGAUGUAGGUUUUCUAAUUGUACUUUUUUCAUUUCUGAGAGUUUUACUCAUAAUCUCCCCAGAGUUCCUCAUCGGUGUCCCUUUCUGUUAUACAUAGUUUCACAAUUUUGUCUCUAGUUGACUCCAAACAUAUAAAUCUAUUGGUCUUGCCCUAUUAUAAUUGUCACGACAUUCAGAUUGUAUCUGUACUCACAGACUGCUGUCUCACAAAUGAGUCUGGAAGGUCAUUCUGAAUGAGAAGUAAAUUAUUUUAUGUAAUAUAGUUUUGAGUGUGUUUUUCAGUUGUAUUUUCCUGUUAUUUUAUCACCAUACGAUAAUAUGAGCUUACCUGCUCCUGGUCCGUGGACACAAUACUCCCUCUAGAUACACGCCUGUUUUUAUCAUGUGCUUUAUAGGUCUCAAAGCUGAUACUUCCAGUGAAUCACACUCAUCUUAUUAAAAGGGUAAAUAAAUGCUUCAUACAAAA